AUGCGCAAUCUCACAAUCUUUUGGCACUUGCCCGGUAUUCUCUUUGCCCUCGGUAGCUUCGUCGGCAUCCUCUCCGACAAGGUCAGCGCAGGCAUCCUCGUCAAGAUCGGCACCGCUCUUUUCACACUCUCCUUCGUCUUUCUCGCCGAGUACGGGAACUCGUUUGCCACGGUCCUCGGACUUCAGGGAGUGCUCUUCGGAGUGGCCAAUACUCUGCUAUACUAUCCUGUCGUCAGCGUCGCCACCGAAUGGUUUGAUACCAAGCGAGGUCUCGCCCUCGGACUUAUCUCAUCGGGCUCCUCGAUCGGAGGCAUCUUCUGGCCUAUCGUCGUCAACGCGCUGGACGGGAGAUGGGGAAUGAAUCGAGCCCUCCUGGGAGUCGCCUUGAUCCCCCUAGCCCCCCUUGCUGUCUCGUCCUUUAUAGUCAGGGAGCGCAAUGGCGGUGGUAAGGUGACACUUCGAAGCCUGUCUCGUGUCAAGGUGACGGUGCCCAAGUGCAGUCGUAGACCUAUGCUGGAUACUGCAAGCACGCUGCUCGGGGCCGUUGCCCAAUCGCGCUUCAUCCUCCUCAGCGUCUCCCUCUUCUUCGUUUACGGAGGCUUCCUCCUACCUUUCAACUACAUACCCAUGUUUGCCGAGUUCAACGGUCAUGGGGGCAUGGCAGACGCCCUCCUGGCCAUCUGCUACUCUGGGUCGUUCGUCGGCCGCAUCAGCACCGGCGCACUCGCCGAUCGUUUCGGGAGCUUCCGGGUUUUGUGCAUCAUGUCCUUUGGAACAGCCACCCUCACGCUGUGCUGGAUCUUCAUGCGCACCUUCGCCGGUAUGGUCGCCUUUGCUGUCCUCUUCGGCUUCUUCUCCGGCGGCCUCAUUCCUCUCGGAGCCGUGUGCGUCGCCGAUAUGACGUCCCCCAAGGACAUGGAGCACAUUGGCUUCCGCCUCGGCUUCAUGAUGAUGCUCUGUUCCGUCAGCACAGUAGGUAGCGGACCACUGUGCGGCUACAUCCUGCAGAGCGAGGGUCAGUCCUAG